GGCGAAGUCUAAAAACGGAGGAAGAUCUCUGAGGGAGAAACUGGACAAAAUAGGAUUAAACCUGCCAGCCGGGAGGCGUAAAGCUGCUAACGUUACCUUGCUCACGUCACUGGUGGAGGGAGAAGCAGUGCAUCUAGCUAGAGAUUUUGGGUACGUUUGUGAGACAGAAUUUCCUGCAAAAGCAGUAGCUGAAUUUCUCAACCGACAACAUUCCGAUCCAAACGAGCAAGUCACAAGAAAAAACAUGCUUCUAGCUACAAAACAGAUCUGUAAAGAGUUCACCGACCUGCUGGCUCAGGACCGAUCUCCCCUGGGGAACUCGCGGCCCAACCCCAUUUUGGAGCCGGGCAUCCAGAGCUGCCUGACCCACUUCAACCUCAUCUCGCACGGUUUUGGGAGCCCAGCAGUGUGCGCUGCUGUCACCGCCCUGCAGAACUAUCUCACCGAGGCGCUCAAGGCCAUGGACAAAAUGUACCUCAGCAACAAUCCCAACAGCCACACAGACAACAGCACCAAAAGCGGCGACAAAGAGGAGAAGCACCGAAAGUGAGGAUCUCCCCCACACGCUCCUCUCCCUUCCCCCUCAUAGCCCAUCGACGCAUUCAUCUCCCUCCUCCCUCUCCCCUGCUCCCAGCACCCCAGGCUACAGCAACAGAAUGAGCGUCCUUCUGCCAAUCCUGUUCUCUGACUCUGCAGGACUGCUCUGCCCUCUCCCUGCACCCCUGCCCAGCAUCCACAUUGCCAUUUGCUCCCUCUUAACUUCCACCCCCAACCACCACCACUCUUCCUGCUGCCACCAUCGUUUUACCCCAGUUUGGAGCCUAAGAGAACAGAACAGGGGACGGAGCCAGCAAAGAAAAAAAAAAAAGUUCUCUCUUGAGUUUGUGAACUUUUUUUUUAAAUAAAACAAAAUGAGGAAAAAAAUACACAAAAACAAAACAAAAAAGGAAAAGGACUUUUUUUUUCUAAAAAAAUAAAAAAAAA